UUGCUCUUCGAUAUCCCAGAUUUGUGGCAUCGAUGAACAAAUAAUGAAAUCUUUACUUCAAAGUCAGAUGUUUAUAUGUUAUAUAUAAAAGGCAUCUGUAUGCAUUGUUAACUAUUUAUUUUUCUUUGAAUUGUUGGGGUUCAGGUAUUUGACAUAAUUAAUUUUUUUGUUUAUUUUUUUUACCCCCUUUUCUCCCCAAUUUUGUUAUGUCCAAUUGGUAGUCACAGUCUUGUCCCAUCUCUGCAACUCCCACACGGACUCUGGAGAGGCAAAGGUAGAGAGGCAUGCAGCCUCCGAAGCACGACCCCGUCAAGCCGCCCUGCUUCUUGACACACUGCUCUCUUAACCCGGAAGCCAGCCUCAUUAAGGUGUUGGAGGAAACACCGUACAGCUGGUGACCAAAGUGAGCGUGCAUGAGCCUGGCCGCCACAAGGAGUCGCUAGAGCCCUCCAAACCCUCCACUAACCCGGACGAUGCUGGGCCAAUUGUGCGCCGCCUCAUGGGUCUCACGGUCGCGACUGGCUUCUACACAGCCCGGGAUUGAGCCCGGAUCUGUAGUGACGCCUCUUGACCGCUGUUCCACUCAGGAGGCUUGACGUGAUUGAUGGGUGACUAGGUGCAUUGUUGUCAAGUAAAUAUGCUUAUUCAUUCAUGAUUAUGGAUACAUUCUGCAACGAGUUAGCUGGCUUUGAAUCUGCAACAGAACAUGUCAACAAGUCAGUUCUGAAUUGCUUUAAUACAGCGGUGCAUUCGGACACCAUUCAUUUAAAUAGAUUUCACCUCGAUCAUAUACUGCAUAUAAUUUUAAAGAUGCACUGUCGCUUUAAGGCAGCCAUGGCUCCUCUAGAGUUGAGGCCGACAUUUUUCAAUGCAAGAUUUUCCUUGCAUAAAUUAUGUUCAUGACGUCGUGCUAAAGGCCACAUUUUUAGUCAUUUUGGUGGAUUUUACAGCAGAAGUCGCUUUUAGGAGGCAUAUGGAGGAAUAUGUGGGUAAUCUGAAUUGCAGUACCAAAGGACCGUCAUUAAAUAUUGAGAAAGAAAGGAUCCUCACGUUGCCAACCCUCCUUAUCAAUGCAAAUAUAUCUUUUGUGUGCAGCCUUAGCGCCUGACUGGUGCUGUGAGAUGCAUUUUUAAUUAUGUGUGACUAAAACAAACUGUGGAAAAGCUUUUUAAAAGGGGAGAACCACAGAAAUACAUUUUUUACGAAUGUCAAGACAAUGACUGCUUGGUGGUGAGAGCACUAAACCAUGGAUCCUCAGGAUCUCCCUGCUACUGAUGCGCCCCUCACUGUCAAUGAACAGCCAUUAGGUUCCUGCACUUUGAAAUACCCUGCCAAAGACAACCAGGUGAUAGUGAUGUCUGGUCAUGAGACGAUCCGAGUCCUGGAGGUGGAGGUAGAUCAAGCCUCUCUUCCAUCCUCAGUGCCUGAUGGGAGGACUGAUUCGGGGGGUGAAGAUGGGGGUAAUCAGGCCACGGAGGAACCUGAGGCAGGCAUGCAGGAUAGCCAGAGACCACCCCACAACGCUGGGGGAGUAGGUGAGCCCUUUGUAGGAUACCGAUAUGUACUGGAGGACCAGGUGGUGUCUGUGGAGUCUGCAGACUCUGGUGUCCAGACUCUAGCACAGACUGCAGUUCCCAUCAGCGUCUCCCUGUCACAGUCACAGACCACCAUGCCCAUCACUGUGCAGAGCUUACAGGGCUUGCAGGGCUGUCAACAGGUUCUGACCCAGGAGGGUCUGGCCACUCUGAUGACAGGGAUGAUGGCCCAGACAGGCUCCCUGGCCCAGCCCCUGCUCAUCCCCAUCAGCAUGGCAGGGUCCAUGGGGGGCCAAGGAGGCCUGGCUGUCCUCACCUUCCCCACCAGCAACGUAGCCACACUCCCUGGCAUUUCAGGUGCCAGCCAGGCCGGAAGCCUCCUCAAACUACCCUUUGCUGGCUUGCAAGGCUUACACGGAUUGCAAGGCUUACAAGGGCUGCAAACAGCCACUGUGCUAAAUUCUGUCCAGCCCCAGCAGACAGUCUUCCAGCCUCAGACAGCAUCACUACAGCAGGUCCAGGCAGCUAUGCAGCAGGCUCAGCAGACAGUCUUCCAGCCUCAGACAGCAUCACUACAGCAGGUCCAGGCAGCUAUGCAGCAGGCUCAGCAGAACUCACAGGUGACUGCAGCCCAACUAGGCCAGGCCAUGCCAGCCGUCUCUCAGCCCAGCGUGUCUGUGGCAACACUCCAGUCUGCAGGCCUCUCCAUCAAUCCUGCCAUUAUCAGUGCUGCGUCUUUAGGGGCUCAGCCUCAGUUCAUCAGCGCCCUUACUUCCACUCCCAUCUUCACCAGUGCCAUGUCCGGAAUCACCAGCCAGAUCAUCACCAACGCACAGGGACAGGUGAUUGGAACCAUCCCCCUGAUGCUGAACCCUGCAUCACUGACUGGAGGGGCUGCUACUCAGACUCUGAAUCUCCAGGGCCUCCAGGGUCUGCAAGGCCUGCAGGUGCAGACAGUCCAGCCACAGCUGGUUCUGAACACCCAGGGACAGAUCAUUGCCACCAUAGGGAAUGGACCUGCUACAGUCCCCACAUCUGCAGCUGUAAUGCCUAAGCUUAGUGCUCCUGUGACAUUCUCCAAGCCCAGCACUCAGGCUCAGGUAACAACAGUUACGCAAUCACCUGUGGUCAUCGCCCCACAACCGUCUGCAAUGAAGACAGUCACUCCAAUCUCCUCCUCAUUCCCUAUAACCUGUGGAGACACACCUACUGUCAACCAGCUCGUCAGCAAGCCACAGCAAGGGGGCACAGAUGAGGAGGGCAUUAAUCUGGAAGAGAUUCGAGAGUUUGCCAAGAACUUCAAGAUCCGCCGGCUAUCCCUGGGGCUGACGCAGACACAAGUGGGACAGGCCCUCACGGCUACAGAGGGUCCGGCCUACAGUCAGUCUGCUAUCUGCAGGUUUGAGAAGCUGGACAUUACACCUAAGAGUGCUCAGAAGCUGAAGCCUGUGCUGGAGCGAUGGCUGGCCGAAGCUGAGUUGUGGAACCAGAAGGGUCAGCAGAAUCUAAUGGAGUUUGUGGGUGGUGAGCCGUCCAAGAAACGAAAGCGUCGCACCAGCUUUACCCCGCAGGCUAUUGAAGUGCUCAACACCUACUUUGAGAAGAAUGCCCUGCCCACGGGCCAGGAGAUUACGGAAAUUGCUAAGGAGCUCAACUACGACCGUGAGGUUGUCCGCGUAUGGUUCUGCAACAGGCGGCAGACACUGAAGAACACCAGCAAGAUCAAUGCGUUUCAGGUUCAGCUGUAAGCCUGUGCAGUAAGUAGGCGUGGACUAGUGGGGAAGUUGGCAGAACAGGAUAAUCAGCUAAAGAAGAACGUUUUGUAAAGACAGUAAAACAGAAAACCCUAGUAAGUUUCAAAUUAUAUGGACUUUGGGAAGAAAAUGAAAGACACUGAAUGACUCUUGAACUGAGUCUUACUAUAUGGGACAUAGAAUACUCACUGAUCUCCAUAUUUUUUUGUGUGUGGGAGAGAGAGAAAAAGACAUUGCAUGUGAAACGUGAUGGGGUUUAAUGUUCACAAAUCCUCUAUCAGUUUGACAACCUCUUGUUUCAUUUAUUGUUAAACCAUGUUAUUAUGUGAAACAAUGGAUGACAUUUGAUAAGUGGUUUUAUACACUUACAAGAACGUUUUUGUGAAUUGUGUGGCAAAUGCCUCAAAAAAUAUUUGGUUACAUUACAUUGUUACAGUUGUACAAUGUCAAAUUGCUCCAUUCAGAUAUUAUGCUGGUGCCACCAAAAUAAUUUUGGAAUUUGUACCUCUUUAUGAAGUUUGUGUGAUUCUGUGUGUGUAAUGUGUGAAUGUAGUCCUAAUACUUUAUGAAAGUAUUCUGAGUCGGAAAAAGUUUACCAUGGUAAAGGUUGUCAUUUAGACGAGUUAAUCUGUAAAAGCCACUUACAAAUCUAUUGUUUUAAAUAGUUAACAGAUGACUUGGUCUAUGAGCAGACAAUACAGAGUGAAAAGAGUUGAAAACAUCCCCUGUCUCAAAUGAGUCCGGCAUCAGUGCUGUUUAAUGUGUACUGUGUAUUGAAAAUACUUACAUAACAUAAACAAAUCAUCAAAUGAAUCAAAUUGAUUGAAUAAGAUAACUUGACUAUGUAAAUUAAUUGAUUCAUAUAUUGUACUUUUGAUUCAUAGAAAAUACGGUUUCUCCACUGAAAGGAAUGGUCAAUUAGGGACAAACUAAAUUUAAGGACUUAUGGCUUGCCAUCCCUUUUCUUUAACCUUGUAAUUCUUUGCACUUUAGUGACUUUAAAGUUAUCUGUAGCAAAUACCAACUGGUUACCCAUCAUAUUUAAGUGGUCGAUAAGUAAAUGUUUUGAAUGGCAUACAGAUUUCUAAAUGUUUUAACGAUCAAUCUUCUGUGCGCCAUGAGCAUACAUUUUGUAAGGUGAUAUUUACUUUAGGCAGUGGUAUUUCAAAGAAAGAGAAUAAACUACAAUACUUUAUUCUGGCCCAACUGCAUAUAAUUUGUCUGUCUGUGAUAUGCCAUGCUGAGCAGUGUAAGAAUGAAUUUGUUCCUCAUAAUUGCCUUUUAAGAUGUUUUCAGAGAGAAAGGAAAUAACUGUUAUAUGAAUCCUGUGUUAUGUUAGUCAUACACAACUGCCAUUUCAGAGGUAUAACCUACAACUUUUUUAAUGUUCACCAGUGAAUUGUCUGUCUGAAUAAGUUUGAGAUGACAAAAUGCAAAUUGUAGGUGAACACAUUUUAAUAGUGUAGUUCUAAGAAUUAAACUAAUUCUACUAAUAAUUUUGUUCAUGUUGGGCAUAUGAAAAUGUGUGCAGUAUAAAACCAGCGAUACAUCUGAAUUACUGAAUACAGCUGAAUUACUGCACUGUUGGAGCUAGAAACACAAGCAUUUCACUGCACCUGUGAUAACAUCUGCAAAAUGUGUACUUGACCAAUUACAUUACAUUUUUAUUUCAAUUGAAUCUGUGAAAUCAUUAAAGUGAUUAAACUGUUGGAUAAUUUUGGAUCAUGGCAUUCUCUGCCAAAUAUUAAUAAAUGCUUACUGAAAACCUC